AGUCGCGAUAUACAUACAUACAUAUAUGCAUACUUUGAACGAGAUCCCAAAAGUCAAGUACAGAGUGAAACUUUUGAUUGCCCUUGAUAGAGACGAUGGCCUUUAACGACUGGAAUGCAUCGCUGAAAGGAGCCCCUGUUUACCCUACUGACUUUUCCAUUGAAGUGCAUCAUGGUGGUGCAUUUACUCUUAAGCCCAGGAAAGUGUACAGUGGGGGUAAAAUAGACACAGUAAAUGGAUUAAACUCAGAUUAUUUGUCAAUGCUUGAGUUGGAUGGCCUGGUCCAACAACUUGGGUAUGCUCCUAAUGUCUUGUUUUACAAUAAGAAGCCCAAUUGCAGUUUGGAUAAUGGGCUUGUACCUAUUAGGUGUGAUAAAGAUGCAUAUGGGAUGUUGGAUUUUUUGCACAAGGAUAGGACUAUUGUACUUUACUUGGAACAUGUAGGAGGAUUGGACCCAAUUGAGAGUCAAGUGGGCAAUUCAAAGAUUAGUGUAACCCAGGCCUAGGUAAUUAAGAGUCAGGUCGGCAGUUCAAAGAAUAGUGUAGCCCAAGUUGAUUUGGAUGCAAAGCCCCAAGUUGACCUUCGGCCUGCAACUUUGGAAUCCCAUGUUCAAGUGUGUGAUUUGGAUGUAGAACCCUACAUUGAUUUAGGGCCUAUUAAUUUAGAAUCUGGGUUUGUGUUUCAAGAGGGUAAUAUGGAACAGGAUAAUGGAUUGGAUGAUGUGAACAUAGAGGAUGUGAACCAAGUACACAUGGGAGAUGCCAACUCUGAGUCUUCUAGUGAUAGUGUGUAUUAUUGUGACCAUUCUUACCAAGAGAGUGAUGAUGAUAGAUUAUAUGACAUAUUUGUAGAUGAGAAUGAAGAGUUUGUUGGAUUCCCUGACAUUGAUGAGAGAAACCCACAUGUUGAACGUGUUGAUGAUCAAAGGCAGUUGAGUGAUGGUGAUCCAAAGUAUGAUUCAAACUAUAAUUUUUAUAGUUCAUUUGAUGAAGAAACUGAUAGGAAAACCAAG